CGUUUGCGCGUCUCUUCGAACCCCACCUCACCUGCCCCCCGCGCGGGCCCUACCGCGCGUCUCUUCGAACCCAAGCCAACCAGGCAACCAGCCGUGAGCCCGUGAUUCGCCUCGGCUCGCCGCCGGCCGCCGGCCACCGGCCCCCACACCACGACAGAUCGCAAGCUUGUGAGGAGCUCCGCGCGACUAAAGCGAUCUAAUCACCUAGCCGCCGGCCGCCAGGCCGCGGCGCUGAACCACGGGUAAGGGUCCAUCUCUGCAGCGCCUCAGCGAGUUGCAACGCUAUCGGCAUCUGUCGAUCGCAUUUCCUAUCAGCUAGCCCUGGAAACCUUAGCUCCGUGUUGUUGGCUUGUUGCUCUUCCCUUAACAAAACUCUUUGAUUUUUUAUUUUUAGUUUCGAAAAGGUAGCUGCAACCGAUUUGGGAUUCUUGACCCGGUUUAACUAUUCCCGUCCCUUGUUCAGAAAUUUAUUUCCUUUUCCCCUUGAAGCACAGCAAAGCAAGGCUAUUCGGGUGUUUAAAGGGUGUUCAAAGGCUAUUCGGGUGUUUAAUUGGUGUUUAAAGGGUUUAUUAAUAAACUAUAUUUAUAGAUACUUUUUUCUCUUGUAUAAUAUAGUUUUUAAUUGUCUAUUGAGUUUAGAGAACCGUUUUAAUAUCUAUACACAUGUUCUAAUAAAUUUAUUUCCUUUACCCCCGGAACAAUGUCAAUGCGGUGCGGGCCAUAUUCUCCUGCCAUAUGGGAUGAUGAUGGGCGCGGGCGCCAAAGGGUUUCUAAAAUGCGGGCCGUCGAAUCCGUCGCCGGAGAUGACGAUGUCAGCGCGCGCGCGUUCUGCAGACUUGCAGAGUCGCGUUCCACCCUUGAUGACAACGACCUCCCUGUCCCUCAUAUAUUAUCCAGUUUUUUAAGCCCGUCUCUGGAAUCCUGGCGUGGAAUUGUCCUACAGGUGGCGGAGGAAGAAUUCUCUUCACGACUGUCGCUUUUAUUUUUUAUUUUUAUUUUUUAAAAAGGCGCGACCUCAAACACGAUUACAGCCAAGAGGAUGCGCCGUGAAAUCUUCUUUCAAAGUGUGUUUGUUUGUCUGUUUGUUUUCUUUUUGGCUUCGUCGUGUCGCGCCUGCCGUUCUUGGUCUCUUCUCCAAUUACCUACCCGUUCCUCCAACAGCGGACGACCGCUGUUUCCCUCCUCCUCUCCCCACAUCUCUCUCUCCUCUCCCCCCUCUUCUCCGCUGCCCCACCCGCCGCCGUGCGCGAAGCGUACGCGAGGCUGCCGCGCCUGGGUCUGGGUGGAGCUCGCGUCGUCCCUGCAGCUACCGCGGGCGCAAUGCCUGCCCCCCGCGCCUGACCAUGCAUCCCAGGCGGCUCAAGAGGCUGGCGAAGAGGAUCACGUGACGACGCCUCGCCGUCGUCUAGGUCGUCGCUCGCGCGCCUGCGGAACGGAAAAAAGGACGCGCAGGAUGGAUGGCUCCAUUUCAUCGGCGCUGGCGCUUCUCGUGCUGGCGCUUCACCUCGCCGUGGACGGCUGCUCGGCGGUCAACUUCGAAGGGUCGGUACUGCUCAAGUUCCAGUCAAGGGUGGAGGAGGAUCUGUAUGGCGCCAUGGUGAGCUGGAGCCCGGGCGACGGCGACCCCUGCAGUUGGAACGGCGUGCGCUGCGCCGAUGGCAGAGUCGUGAUGCUAAACCUGAAGGAUCUCUCGUUAAAAGGCACCCUAGGUCCUGAGCUAGGAACUCUAAGCCAUCUAAGGGCUCUAGAACUCUCCAAUAACUUUUUCAGUGGAGCAAUACCUAAGGAAUUGAGUGCUCUUGCAAUGUUGGAGAUACUGGAUUUAAGCAACAACAACUUGAGUGGGGAAGUUCCACAAGAGAUUGCAGAAAUGCCAUCACUUAGGCAGUUAUCGCUUUCCAAUAACUGCUUUCAGUGGCCUCUGAUCCAACAUUCCUAUGGGAACUUUGAUCAGGAAAAUGGUUUCAAUAUUUAUGAUAAUCUCGGGAGAGGUAAUAUGAAUCAAAGAGCUGAGAAUGGGUUGGAAUCAGGUUCUUCUUCACAUGAGAACAAAAAGGACACUAGCAACCUUUCUGCUCGACUUCAUUCACAAUACGAAGCAAUAAAUCCAGCAGCACAUCUUAGCCAGCGCAGAUUACUUCAAGAUAGCAAUCUUGCUGCACCUUCUUCUGCAAAUGAUCUUGUUCCAGCUGCUGUUCCUGUUCCUUCCACUGGAACUGGUUCGUUUUCAGCAUUUAGUCCCAACAAUGCACCUGCACCAGCUGUAAAUCCCCCAAGUAGGCCACCAACGGUCCCCAGUACUACCGCUGGAGAAGUUCAGGAAAGGAGGUCAAUGAAAUGGCUUUAUUUCAUUGUGCUGCCACUGGUCGUGCUUCUUAUUGGCAUCGCAUGCAUGCUUUUGCUAUGCCGCACCAAGUCAGGGACAACAAUAGGUCCAUGGAAGACAGGGCUCAGUGGUCAGCUCCAAAAGGCAUUUGUAACAGGAGUACCAAAGUUGCAACGCUCUGAGCUGGAAGGUGCGUGUGAAGACUUCAGUAACAUUGUGUCAAGCUAUCCACAGUACACUGUCUACAAGGGGACCUUAUCAAGUGGUGUUGAGAUAGCUGUUGUAUCAACCAUGGUUAUCUCUAGCAAAGAUUGGUCAAAACAUUCAGAAGGGCGAUUCAGGAAGAAGAUAGACUCACUCUCGCGAAUCAAUCAUAAGAACUACAUCAACCUGCUUGGAUACUGUGAGGAGGAAGAACCUUUCACUAGGAUGAUGGUGAUGGAAUAUGCUCCCAAUGGAACACUAUAUGAACACCUCCAUGUCGAGGGAUUUGAUCCUAUUGAUUGGAAUGGUAGGAUGAGGAUAAUUAUGGGGGUAGCAUACUGCACCCUACACAUGCAUGAGCUUAGCCCUCCUGUAACACACCCAGACAUAAAGUCAAGUGCUAUAUUGCUAUCUGAGGAUGGAGCUGCAAAGAUAGUAGACAUGAGCGUUUGGCAUGAAGUAUAUUUCAGAGGAAACAUGCCCAAGGAUGGCGACCUAGUUGAUCACCAGGAACGAGUAGCUGCAGAUCCAGCUGGGAAUGUCUACAGUUUUGGUCUACUCAUGCUGGAGAUCAUCUCAGGGAAGCCUCCGUACUCCGAAGAAAAGGGUUCCCUUUCAGACUUGGCUUUGGAGUGCAUUAGGGAUAACCGGAGCAUGUCUUGUUUGCUUGAUCCUAGCUUGAAGGAUCACAAGGAAAAGGACCUAGAAACCAUAUGUGAUCUGGUCCAGGACUGCAUCCAAAGCGAUCCAAAGAAGAGACCAGCCAUGAGGGAGGUCACCACUAGACUGCGAGAAGUACUGUCAAUUUCGCCUGAGGCUGCGACGCCCCGGUUAUCUCCACUCUGGUGGGCAGAGCUUGAGAUCCUUUCAGUUGAAGCAAGCUAGCGAAAAUGUGCUUUGUUUGCAGCAACACCGAGGUACUUGUGCAUACUGUAAUGCAACCCUGUACAUCCCUGUUGUAUUUUUCCAUCCUGUGUUGUAACUUUGGUGGUGUCUGCGUGCUACAUUUCCCCCUCCCCGGUGAAUUCAGCUGCCUGGUUUGUUUUUCUCAUCUGUAUACUAAACAUACAUGGUGUGAGAGCAGAAUGCUUUAUACCAUCCUAGGACUGAUUGUAAUCAGGAAAUGUGUAGUGUUCCAUGGUUUUACAGAAAUAUACAUUCUUUGAUUGUUGAUGUGAAA